AUGUUGCUUGCGAUCCCUCGGAUUGUGUUGUUGUGCUCGCUGCAGGUGGCGCUGAUUGUAGCCGAGCACCAUGGCGCUGCAAACAUGCUGAUCAACGAUGCUCGCAUGGUUCACAGCAAGAGGAUCCAAUCCAGAUUCGGAAUGCUCUAUGAGCUGACAAAGGAUCAAAAGGGCCCUGGGUUGAUGGGCAGCCUGGGACUGCCGUGCUUGCAGAGGCUGCGAGGAGGCAAGAGGAAAGCGAAGCACUCCAAGUACGAUGAUGACAGCGAUGACGUGACAGACAUGUCAGAUUCUGCCGAUAGCUUGACGUCGUCCUACACUUCGACGGAGUACGACGAGACCGAGUACUCGGACGAAGACCAGGACGCGAAGGCUCUGGAUGAAAGAGAUCACAACAGAGAGGAAGGCUACGACGAUGACAGCUCAGCCCAUGAGUACUUCGACUAUGACCAUGCCUUCGGCAAGGGAAAGAAGCCGCUCGCUCUCCGCGAUACUGAAACGCGCGACGAGACUGAGGCUGAGGGCCAAAACAUCCUCACCAUCUCAUCCGAGGGCCAUGUCCAAUACCUUGCCAAGGGCCUGCGGGAGCUGCAGGAAUCUUCGAAGCUGAUAGACAUCACCAUCAAGGGGCAAGGGGGUGUGAAGAUCGCAGCCCACCAGGCAAUCCUUGCAGCUGCGAGCCCCGAGCUGAAAAAAAUGCUCGAAAAUCUUCCAGCGGGAACCAAGGAGCUCGACAUGCAGAGCAUGGAUGGUGAAAGUCUGACGGUCGUGUUCGAUUACAUCUAUGCUCGCAAGAUCAAGGUUUCGGAGGAGAAGCUCCCUGACAUCCUUGGCAUCAGCCAGAAGCUCGGAAUCUCCGGAUUGAAGGAUACUUGUUACUUCCACCUGAUGAAAGACCUGAAGCCCUCCAACGCCCUCAGGAUGCGGCACCUUGGCAAGACGCUCGAAUGCCACGAGCUCCUGGAUGCCGCAAACAGGUUCAUCAUGCACGAUUUCGUUGCAGUGAGCAAGUCUCAGAGCUUCAACGACCUCACUGAGGACGCCCUUUAUGAGAUCAUCGGGAGCGACGACUUGUUCGUCGAGUCCGAGAAGGUCAUCUUUGACUCCGUCAUCCGCUGGGUGGAGUUCAACGAGGCCAACCGAUCUUCCAGCCUCCUCCGCCUCAUGGGUCAGAUCCGUUUCGGCCUCCUCCCCCUCGACACCCUGGCGAAGAAAGUGGCUGCUGCGCCCCUUAUCCACAAGCACUUGGCCAACAACCCACAGUGGCAGGCGAUGCUGAAUGCAGCCAUUGCCUACGUGGGCAGCACUCCUGAGCAGAAGCAGAUGCUGGAGAGCUCUCAGACUAAAGUCCGCCUUGGCAGCAAGGGCAGGUAUCUGGUGUGCGCCGGAGGAAGGAAAGGAAAGAAUUCAGAUGCGCUCAAGUCUGCGCUCAUGAUCGACAGCAUCACGGGAGAAGGGUUCGUUCUCGACGAAAUGCACAUCGCAAGGAAGCAAGUAUCGGCGGCAGAGGCUGACGGGAUCGUGUACGUUGCUGGGGGAUGGGACGGUCACAAGUACCUCCGAUCGGUUGAAAUGUUUGAUCUGAGCAGCAACUCAUGGAAGAAGGGGCCGCCAAUGCUCACAGCCAGGGGAAGCUUUGGGAUGGCAAACUUGGGAGGAAUGAUUUGUGCUGCUGGUGGAUACGAUGGGCACAAGCAUCUGUCAAGCUGUGAAUUUCUCAAUCGUACCAUGCAAGUCUGGCAACAGAUGGCUCCGAUGCCGCAUGCUAGAUCCGGCGCCCGCCUUGCUGUCCUUGGAGAUCAUCUCUACGCUGUCGGUGGUUUCGACGGCAAGAACGUCUUGAACACAGUGGAGAUUUUUGACUCAGUCUCAAUGAAGUGGGUCGAGGGGCCUCCUCUCAAUCACGCUCGUCGCGACCAUGCCAUGGCGGUCUUGGAUGGCGUUCUGUAUGUCGCUGGCGGCUUCGACAGCAAGCACGACCUCGCAACGGUUGAGAAACUUGACCCCAAGACAAACACCUGGCAGCUGGUGGCUAAGAUGCAGAAGAAGAGAAGCGGGUUGGCGCUGCAUGUGUUGAAUCACAAGCUCUGUGCCAUCGGAGGAUACGAUGGCUUGAAGUAUCUUUCGGCCAUCGAGAGCUAUGAUCCUCGUCUUGACCAGUGGAACCUGGAGCAUGAUGUCUACCUUCCUUCCCGCAUGGCGCAUUUCGCCGCUGCCAUCGUCUAG